GGUUGCUGAGAGAGAGGGAUUUGGAUGGGACAGCCUUCCUUUUAGCCUUCUUCUCAGACUGUCAUCAGCAUGGAUAUUUUGACGGAUCAAAACGUGCAAAAGUACCGGGAUGAGGGCUAUCUGGUGCUGGAUGGCCUUCUGUCCCCAGAGGAGUGUGAUGCUUUACGGGACCGUAUGAGUGAGAUCAUUGAGCGGAUGGACGUUCCUGAACACUGCAGGACACAGUUCUCCACUGACCACGACGAGCAGCUUAAAACACAGAUGCAGGGAAAUGCAGACUAUUUCAUCACCAGUGGAGACAAGAUCCGUUUCUUCUUUGAGAAAGGAGUGUUUGAUGAUAAAGGAGAGUUCAUCGUGCCAAGAGAGCAGUCCUUGAAUAAAAUCGGCCAUGCUCUCCACGCUUAUGAGCCGCUGUUUAAAGCGGUCACCCACUCCCCCAAAAUUCAAAAUCUGGUGAAGAACCUUGGCCUGAUAAAUCCUGUGAUUCUGCAGAGUAUGUACAUCUUUAAGCAACCAGGGAUUGGUGGAGAAGUGAGCCCUCACCAGGACGCCACCUUCCUUCACACGCAGCCUCUGGGAAGAGUGAUGGGCGUGUGGAUCGCUCUGGAAGACGCUGCGCUGGAGAACGGCUGUCUGUGGUUCAUACCGGGAUCACACAACGAUGGGAUUACCAGGCGAAUGGUGCGGACACCUAAAGGCACGUUUCCUCUGACUGAUUUCAUUGGCCGAGAGAAGAAUUACGACGACAAGCUCUUCGUUCCCACUCCUGUUAAAAAAGGUGGAGCGGUUCUGAUUCACAGUGAAGUUGUCCACCGCAGCGCUGCAAACACAUCUGACGCCUCACGCCACGUUUACACCUUUCACGUUAUGGAGUCUCAAAACACUGUUUGGAGUCCUGAGAACUGGCUACAACCAACAGAAGAGCUGCCCUUCCCGUCCCUCUACACCUAAAGACAGAAAGAACACCAAAACAGACCUGAUAACACGUGAAGAUAUCAGGACAGUCACGUGACUAUAAUGAGCCUUUUUAACAUCUGGACCAACAAUCAAAGUUUUGUAAAUGGACCAAAAAAUGUGAAUCAUUUUGAAUCAUCUGUAUAUUUGAUCUACAACCACAACAGUGUUAAUAAAAGGCUAGUUUUUGUCAACCAAAGAGUGUUUAUUUAUAAUCUGAAUUUUAGAAAGCAAGAAACAUUUAAUUUGAUUAGAAAUUCACUUUAUUUCCUUUAACGCAACAUUCUCUGAGUACCCACCAAAAUCAAUAUAAUAUAGAAAAGGUAUGAACGUUUGAUAAGUAUAAUCUGGAUUUCCUGAUGAAGAAAAUAAAUGACCAAACUGCAGUUCUCAUGUCAACCAAUCACUGAUGGGAAAAUCUGAAAAAUAACAUUUAUAGACAUUGCUGAAAAACCAACUUUAAUAAAAAUAGCACACAAAAAAAAAACUGAUAUUCAACAUAGAAAAAAUUCCAACAAAGAUUUUCUCACAAU